AUGGUGGGUGGAUUAAUGCUCUCUCCAGAUAUGGAUGCUGCUCAAGAUCAAUAUGAUGGUAGUCGUUCAGAAAGUGUUCUCUCAGCAAACAAUGGGGUUUCAUUUAGUGUUUCUGGGCUCCAGUUGAAGGAUCAGCUCUCUAAUGGAAAUGACUCUGCUCCCAAGGCGAGAAAACCAUACACAAUCACAAAACAAAGAGAGAGAUGGACAGAGGAAGAGCAUAAGAAAUUCCUUGAAGCUUUAAAGCUGUAUGGUCGAGCCUGGCGAAAGAUAGAAGAGCAUGUUGGCACCAAGACUGCAGUUCAGAUUCGAAGUCAUGCUCAAAAGUUCUUUUCUAAGGUUGCUCGUGACUCGAAUGGCAGCAACGUAAUCUCAGAAGAGCCCAUUGACAUCCCUCCUCCUCGACCAAAACGGAAGCCAAUGCGUCCUUAUCCCCGAAAACUUGUACACCCUGUUAAUAAAGAGACCUUUAUUGUAGAGCGGCCAACAAGGUCUGCAUCUCCAAAUUUAUCAGUUUCGGAGCCAGAAAACCAGUCUCCAACAUCAGUAUUAUCUGUGAUUGGCUCAGAUACACUGGGUUCCGCUGAUUCAAAUACACCCAGUCGUAGUUUAUCACCCGUUUCGUCUGCUGCUGAUGUCCACGGUGUGGACUUAAAUCAUUCUGAACCCCCCAACCCAUCACUGGAGGAAAGUGGAUCUACAUCACCAGCUGUAGCAGAAAAUGGUUCACUUCCUAACAUGCAAUUAUCAAUGAAGCUUGAGUUAUUUCCCACGGAUAAUGUUGAUGCUAGUGGAGUUUCAGCUGAGGAGGUAUCCGCACGAAGCCUUAAACUCUUUGGAAGAACUGUAUUGGUCACGGAUUCCCACAGACCAUCUUCUCCGACCAUGGGAACUUCUAAAUCACUGCCUUCUGAUGUGAAAGAGGAGAAACCUGUGCAGACAUCAACACCAUGUAACUUUACAGCUACAGAAUCUGCAUCUGGGAGUGUGGAACAUGUUUGGGAUAAUUUUCCCUAUGGAGUACAUCCAGGCAUGUAUUUUAUGCAAUUUCAGAAUCAGAACUCAAAUCUGGUAGAAUCUGGUUCUGCUUAUCCUGUACCUUGGUGGAGUUUAUGUCCAAAAUUGCCAUUUCCUUUUAUUCCAUUCCAUGAGCCACAAGCAGUAAAAGAACAUUUUGAUGGUAAUCUUGGAGAUCCUAAGGAAGUUGAGAAGGAAGGGUCUUGGACUGGUUCAGAUGCUGGAUCAGUCAACGAUGAGGAAAACGGUGACAAAUGUCUAGGUAUUGAGACUGAGGGUAAAGAACAAGAGCCAAAUUCGGUUCUCCAAUUUAAGGCAAGUGCAAACUCGGCCUUCUCUGAAUUAAGAGCAAGCCCUAGCCCUGGAAAGUGUAGAAAAGGAUUUGUACCGUAUAAAAGAUGUUUGGCCGAGAGAGACACCUCUACAUUAGCAAGUGAAGACAGGGAUGGGAAAAGAGUCCGCCUUUCCUUGUAG